AUGAUCGGCUUCUUGAGCCAAAAGCCGAAAUCUACGUCGCUUUUGGCGGCUGCUUUCUUGCUCCUCGGUCACCUUACACCUGCGGUUAUCGGAUUGAGGACGACACCCGGCUCGCCGUGCGCUAACGUCUGCAAUAAAGUGUCCUCGAACACUACAGGUUCUGAGAUCGUUUGUUUGGACGAGCAGUUCAGCCAGACUACGAAGGGGUCCGACUUUCAAAACUGCGUGGAGUGCCAAUUGGAGAGCACUUACAGUGAUUCGUCGUCGGGGCAGGCGGAUGUCGACUGGGGACUCUACAAUCUCCGGUAUGCCUUCAGCAGCUGCGUGUACGGCUUCCCUGAACAGGUCGCCAAUAUCUCUUCUCCCUGCGUGGUUUCCUGCCAGUCAUUAUCAUCGGCGCUAAAGUAUGACUUGGAUGAUCCGAGUGGAGUCAACUUCGAUACCUGGUGUGGUGCUUCGGCUUUCGCGGACAAUGUCAUCAGCCAGUGCGAGUUUUGUUACAACUUGACCAGCAAUAUGACCGAUUCCCAGGUCUACCUUGGAAAUUUUCUAGAAGCUCUUCGCUACAACUGUCACUUCCGAACCCCUACCAGCAAAGCUUUUCCUAUUAGCCCGAGUAGAGUCUUCAGCGAGUCAUUGCUGCCCCAAUCCACAGUGGACCUGAUUUCUCCUUCCGCGAAGCCCAACUCAGGCUCCAGCCGUCUGGCUUUGAUCAUUGCGCUUCCGAUCCUGGGAUUUGUGAUCCUGAUCUGUAUCCUCGCAGUGGGAUGCUUCUUCUUUAUCCGCUGGCGACGCAAGCAGGCCCGCAAGAACCGUCGUUCGGACCAUCUUCAUGCGCGGUGGAACGAUACCACCAUCAGUACCCCAGCUCACGGGGCGUGGGCUGAUCCUGCCGUGUAUAGCCAACCGAUGCACCACCCAGGGUCUGGACAUGGCUUCAACUUUGUCGACACAGACGGCCGUGCUCAGGAGGUGGGAUUCUCCAAGUCCAAUUAUGUCGAAAUCAACGAAUCUCCUGUCACGGUCCCAUCUACCACACAUUCUCCGGAGCAGGAGAAGGCUUAUCACGCUCAGACAUACUUUUCUGAGCGCAGUGUCUCACCUCCUCAGAAACAAUAA